AUGGCAGACCCCACCGCGAAUGACCUCCUCACCACCAAAGCCCCCGACGCCGCCCUCUCAGUGCAACUCCACCCCCUCGUCCUGCUCACCAUCACCGACUACAUCACCCGCCACAUCUCCCGUCGCCAGCCCAACCCCAUAGUCGGCGCCGUCAUCGGCCAACAAAACGGCCGCACAAUCACGCUCGAGCACGCCUACGAAGUCAAGACCUCAUUACAGAAUGAUUCCGACAUCCUUCUCAAUCAUGAAUUCUUCGCGGAUCGGAUGGAGCAGUACAAGGACGUACACAAGGUUCCAGCAUUAGAUGUGCAGGCGGUUUUCAUGCUGGGAAGCACAGUGGGGCCGGCGGAGGAGCAUGCAAAAGUGGUGAAGCAGGUGCAGGAGAUGGUGGAGACGGAUGCGAUUAUGUUGGUACUAUUUCAUGCCGAGAUGGUGGAUCAGUUGCAGGGAGGGAAGCUGCCGAUUACGAUAUACGAGAGCGUGGUAGAUCAGCAGGAGGGUGGAGAGGUUGGAAGCAAGGACGUCAGAUUCCGGGAAUUGAGCUUCGAGGUCGAGACGGGCGAGGCAGAGAUGAUUGCUGUGGAUUUCGUGGCUACGGGCGGUGGAAACGCGACAGCAGUACCUCAAGCAGCGGACACGAUCCCGCCUCCUGGAACGGUAGAAGCGGGCAGUAGUAAAACUGCAGAGAAGAAAGGGAAAGGCAAAGGCAAAUCGAAAGACGACGACAGUGACCCGGACAGCACGCACUCCGUCCUCUCCCCGGAAGACGAAGAACUCAUCGCCUCCCUCACCGCCAAAACCAACGCGAUCAAAAUGCUCAACCAACGCAUCAACCUCAUCCGCUCAUACCUCCAGUCCCUACCGCCCAGCUACCUCACCUCGCCCACCUCCACAGAAGCCCCAGCAGAAGAUACCAACCACCCCCUCCUCCGCAGCAUCUCCGCCCUCCUCUCCCGCCUCCCGCUCCUCGCGCCCCCGACAUCAUCCUCCGAAACCACCCACCACUCCUCCCUCGCCUCCGCCGCGUCAAAGGAGAAGGAAGACGUGCACCUCACAACCCUGCUCUCCUCCCUCACGCGCUCGAUCUCCGAAGCGCAAGCGCUGGGUUCGAAAUUCCACACCUUGACGCGGGAGAAGACUGCCAAGGACCGGAACGUGAUGUCUGGAGGCGGAGGGAGAGGGGGGUUCGGGCAGGGGGAGGCUUACGGGGAUUUUGGAGCGUCCGGGGCUUCGGGGUCGGGGCUGGGGUCUUAG